AUGUACGCCACUCUGCCCAUACGAGAUCACCUUCGCAACUGUUCUCAGCAAUUGAACACCGUGUGCGCGACGGAGACGAGCCCCGCGCUCGACCACGUCCCCGGCUCGUCAUGGCUCGAGAGGACGAUUGAGGCGGACGAGUGCCUGCCAUACCUCGUGCACAUCGCCAUCCGGAGCUGCCGGAUCAUCCUCACCGCCGAGGUCCUCCACUCCCUCAUUCCCGCCGCCGCCCUAUGUGAGCUCCUGCCACCACACCACGCCAGGUCGCCUACGCCGUCCUCGCUCGCCCACCCGGGCUCUCCACCACCCCCUCUUGGCCUUCCGCCGGGCGCACGCUGGCCCCCCGCGUCGCCGCUCGCCGCCCACCAAGAGCUGCCCCCACCCUCACCGCACGACUUCCCUCGCAUGCGGCCUCCCACCCUCCGCCUGGGCUCCACGGCCUGGGCUCUUCUCGGUCACCCCAGCCUGCACCCCGCGGGCACCCGCACGGCCUAG